UUGUCUUCCGGCUGUGUCUGCCCGGCUCUUCCUGACUCAGCAUUUCGCUGGAAACAUAUUUAGAAAGGGCAUCGGCAGCAAAGGCAGCAGACACGUGGCCAGACACCGGCCUCCAUGUUCAAGCGAGCCUUUGGCAUCAGCGUCUGGCUCCAGGGGCGGGCAGAGAAAGCAACGGGAUAUGAGUAGCCAGGUCCCUCUUGGAGCCCCCUCUGGUGCCUCUCUAGCCGCGGUUCCAUCUUCUGUAUUCCAAGGGUGGGAGGCCUGUAAAAAUGCUACUGGUUUAAACUUGUCGCAUGUCACUGUAGUUUGGUGUGAGCCGUGUAGCUUGUUCCUCCCCUCUUCUCAGCCUGAUGCUGAUUUGCAAAGAGCACAUCUGGCAUUGGAAAUUAUUUAUCUGGCCAGGGCGAGAGGGCGUGGCUUCUAAAAAUAUUCACAUAGUCUGUCGGCAGAAAGAAUGAGAGCAAUGUGCUUCUUUGGGUUGCAUUCCGUACUCCGGAGAAGCCUGCUAAAGCCUCUGCGGAGUAAGCCUAUGUCUACGAAAAUAGAUACCCAGCAUUGCAUUAAUUCGCAAUUAAUAAAAAUGGGCCAGAUUCACAUCCCACUCUCUGGGAGAAUGGAAUGCCGACAAUUCCCAUAGAAGGGUCCUGUAAAAAUGUCUUACAAUAAGAAGAGGUCCAAGCACUGGGGUCAGCUCGCCUCCUCAAAGAGGGCUGGGAAUUUGGUGAGCUCCCAGGGCUCAGAGUAGAGGGGCAGAGGGGAAAUGGCCUGUUGCCCCUGAUGACAAUGGAAUCGCCGCUGCUGCGGACAAGAAAAGCAGCUUUGAAUGGCCAGGGCUAAGAUGAGCUAGAAAUCUCAGAGGCUGAACAAGGCCAAACGGGGCAGCUCGGGAUAUGGCCCCUGGGCUUUGAUUAUAUGUGUGUGAGAACUCUGCAUUCUUGCAUUAAUUAACCCAUCGGUUUGUUUGUUCAUUCAUCCAUUUAUGUAUGUGUUUGUGUACACGUGUGUAUCCACGCAUGCCCACAUUCUCUCCUCUAUUCCUGCACUUACGCAGUCAGCAAACUGGGUGUCUCCUGGGGGCAGGAUAUCCUCGACCACAGAUAUUUACUAAGUUCCUACUAUGCACCCGGCCCUGUGCAGGAUGCUGGCAUUCCAGGUCCUUAUCAUGGAGCUCGGAAUCUUGAAGCUGUUCAGCCAGCAGUAACAAGGGGCCAGGAGAAGGAUAUGGAGAUGAGUGAGGAAGAUAAGGUACCUGCCUUAGUGGACUUAGAAUUCCACUUGGGGACACAAGCAGCAGACAAAUAAAUACAGAAUGUAAUUGUCUGGUGGCGAAGAGAAUCCGUGCAGAGUGAGGGCGGGGGCUCGCAGGUGCUUUUAGCUAGGGUGGUCAGAGAAAGCAACUUGCGUAGGACUCACACUCUUCAAAUCCACUGAGCUCUCUCUGACUCCCUGGCCUUUGCACACAUGGAUCCCUGUGCUUGGUAUGCUCUUCCCACUGCUCUUUGCCUGCCCCUCCUUUCAGUCUCAGCUUGAAUGCCUCUUCUUCCAGGAAGCCUUCCCUGAUCCUCCUUUCUCGGCAGGGCCACAUGGCCCUGCUAUGUGCCUCAUAGUGCCCUGUGUAGUGUUCUGGAAGCAUUAAGCAGGAAGUGGGGCGUCUGUUAACUAUAAACGGACCAAAAAGCCUUUCCUGAGGCAGUGGUGAGUCGUGACAGGUUGCUCACUGGGGUCCCCUGAGAGGCUGCAUCCUGGAGGUGCCCUCAGUGAAGAGCUUCCCCGGAUCGCUUGGGGUCGAUCAUUUCCCAGCUGGUACUGAAGCUGGAGCAGGGAAGGAUUAAUUAACUGCCGAAGUUCAGUGCUGGUAAGAGGUAGGGCUGGGAUUUGAACCCAAACCCUCAAACCCCGCAUCCUUUACUUCUCCCAUCGUGCAGUGCAGCCUCUCACUCUGGGCAUGCCUAUUCCAGAAGUGGGUGACAAUAAUUCCUCUGGGCUCUGGGGUGGGCACUGGGUCUUAGCAAAUAAUUGUUAAGCAGACCAAACCAUCAGCAGUGACUUGCCGUCAUCUAGAAUCAGCUGGUACGGGGACUGUUCCAAGGGCUUUUCAUCCCUGUUUUUCAGUCCCCACACAGCUUUCUGAGGUGGGUUCUGUGAUUAUUCCCACUUUGCAGAUGAGGAGACUGAGUGACUUGGCAGGGCCCGCCCAUCACCCAGGAGGGCCAAGUCCAAGGCUAGCCCCAGGUUCUUCUGAUCUGUCCAGCCCACUGUACUUCCUCUCAGACACUGCAAAAGACCAUCAGCCCUUCACUUAUAUUAUUGACCUCCUGAGUGUUUUCCCCCAGCGUUUACCCACCAGCAUCCGGAUACUUCCUUUUUCAUCCGGUGAGCUCACAGCGAUUAUUCACAGAGAUCUGAGGUUAGCCCCCCUUUAGGUACUGCGGAGAAGUGGACCCAUGGAAUAUUUAUCCUUUCGCGUCUGGCUUACUUCACUUAGCUCAGCGUCUUCAUGGUGCAUGUGAGUGUUGUAGUGAGGCUAAUUGUUUGGAGAUGUGAAGAAUCACUUCCUACUUUGUCUUUCUAACUCUGAUUUUUAUCCAGCAGCACACACCUCUAGAACGGCUUGGUAAUAACAAAAACUCCAAAAAUUAAGGACCUGAGUGUUGGCUUCUCAGAUCCUUUCCAGAGCCCAGGCUGAAUGGGGUAUCAGCCCAGUGUGGGGACAUGAUUGGGAGCCCGUAGCAGGCAGGGGACAAUCCCAUCAUUAGCAAAAAUGCAGAGUAGUUACCUUUCUCCGGAGGUUACUCGUGUGUCAGCAAAGUAUGACUUUCAUUCAGGUAUUUUGUUUUAUUAUGUUUAAAAUCACUGUUUCCCCAAUUUCAACUUUUUCAAAUUUCCCAAAUUUCUCUUCUUUCGCUCUUUGGCUUUCGCCUUUCCCUCAAACCUUCUGUGUUCUUUUACUUAAUAUUUAUAUUUAGUGCAGUUCCCUUCUAAAAAGUAUAUUUAUUUGAGGAAGAAGCUUUAAAAUAAUUACCUGAAAUGGAAAAACCAGUGUCGUUUUGAGUAUCGUGAGGUUGAUAAAGCUACUAUUACGGAUUUAAGGGUGGGAAGCAAAGAUUUCUUGAGGCCAAUUUUUCUGUGCCAAUGAGUGUUCCAAGCAUUUUACAUACUUUCCAUCAUUUAAUUUUCACUACAACACUGUGGCAGUCAGUGCUCUUCCUACUUCCACUUUACAGAUGAGAAAUUGAGACGUUGAGAGGUUUUAUACCCAGUGGCCAUUCCUGCUCUCCUGGUCAAUAGAGGCUCCGUAGGGCGUGAAAUCUUAGAGCUGCCGCCCGAGUUUAGGUGGUUCAAGGUUUGAGAACUGUGUGUGUGUGUGUGUGUGUGUUGAUUGAUAUUCCUUUUCCACUGAAGUGCCAAGAACACAGACUAAUCUACAUUUCUAUGAAUCUUCUGUCAGCGGCAAAUGACAGUUUUACUGGGAGAGGCUGAUAAACAUCAGUCUGUGGAGAUGGGAGUGGGCCCUAACAUAAACACGCUUCUCAGGACGGCUGCAGAGAGAGCAAGCGUGCCCGGACUGGGAGCACUCUGGUGCGAGUGUGUGCGUGCAGGGAUUUGCACGCUGCGGUGGUGGGUGCCUCUCACAGGUGUGUGUAUUUGGAAGCCGCGGACAUCGUGCAUCGCGGGGUGGCAAGGGGAUGUCUCCCCCCGCCCCCGGGCCCCGCACAGUGUUGGGGCCUCGCCUUGGCUGAGCUCCCCGAGGACAAAGCCCUGGGACGUGCUCCCAGGCUGUGGCCAUUCCAUUCCUUUUCUGAUGGACAGGGCACACUUCAUAAGCUUCCAACCAACUUCCUACAAGUGAAUCAGAGGCCUUGCUAAGAAAGUGGAAUUCCGGGCAAUUAAAUGCAAUCUGAGCCUGGAGAAUGCAUUUUCUGAGGCUGGUUAUACACCAGCUGCUUUCAAUGCCAUUCCAUUCAUUCAUUCAGGGGCGACUUUUAGAAUAGGCUUAUUCUGGGGCUGCAUUCAAAAGAAAGCCUCAGCACCAUCGGGGCUGGGCUGCUCGCUGGGCAUGUGAAUUACUCAGCCUAUUUAUAAGCCUCCAGUGGAAAUCCGCACGGAGAAUGGCAGAAGCCCACAGUGGCUCGUCUCAGGAGGCUGGAGUGAAGGCUUGGAGGCACGGCUUUACGUUGCUGCCUGCUAGUCAGCUCUCCUGAGAUGCCUCAUCACAUCUCCCUAAACCCCACUUUCCUGAUCUGCUUAAAAAAUGGAGGCAAAAUAGCCAGAACAUGAAAUUUGCCAUUUUAACCAUGUUUAGCUGUACAGGUCAGUGGCAUGAAGUAUAUCCACAUUGUUGUGUAAAUGGGCUUAGAUCAGAGAGGGUGAAGCGCUCAGAACAGGGCCUGAUCAUUGGAGGUUGUUCAGUAAGCGGUGACUAAGUUUCUUCUUCUUCUGCAUAUUCUGUUAGUUGGCUUGUGCUUUUCAAAGUGUUUUGCCUGUUCGAGUGACAAGUAUUUCUUGGUGGGGGCAGGUGCUAAACAGUGGAUGACACAAAGAUGAGGGAAAAUGUGGAACAUGCUACCUGCUUCAGGGGACUCAGAGUCUAAUGGGCAAGGAGAAUUUAUUAUUUAUAUAUGUGUGUGUGUGUAUGUUUAUAUAUGCUACAUAUGUGUAUACGUACAUACGUAUGUAUAUAUAUGACGUGUAUGUAUGUGAUUAUAUGUACUUAUGCACACAAGCGCGCCCGCAUACACUCACACAGGGAAGGGUACUGCCAUAAAGGAUAAUGAAUAAAACACUUCAAGAAACCAGGAGAGAAGAGAGUGAUUCCAAGGGGUGUGCAGUACGAAAGAAGCAGGGUUAGGUAGAGCAUUUGUAUGGAAUUCGAAGACUUAAAGGUUUACGUUCAUGGUCUCAUCUUGAGUGAUUGAUUUUUUUUUUUUCUCACACUAAUACUACGGUCCAGAACAGGAAAGGAUCCUGGGUUCCCAUUUUCUGGUGGGUAAACUGAGGCUCAGAGUAGCUAAGGGACCUGUUUCCAUGUCACACAGAUGGCUAAUGGCAGAGUUUGGGCUGAUAUAUGGUGACUCAAAAUCUAGGACUCUGGGGUCCUAGAUUUCACCUGGGCUCACGAGGUUGGCAAAAUAGACUUCUGGGGAGAGUGGGGGUGGGUGAGAAGGGGUUGGUAUCAGUGAUGUCAGUCACGGUUUUCCAAAGUGUGACUUUUCGAAAGUCACUGUGGGUGCAAUGUGAUUUUAGGGGGGCUACAGAUGGGCACUUCCCAGAUUAAUAGCUGUGUACUGUCUUGUGCGUCGGAAACGUCAAGGCUGUGAUUCUGUGGCUGUUUCCCAGAGCGGGUCUAAACUGAAGUGAAGGUCAAGUCCAUGCAGGGAGCGGUUUUGAGUAAGUAAGAGAACAUGUGUGCAGAUCCAGCAGAAUCUGUUGUGGACACCAAAGAUUGUGGCUGGGAGUCACUGGCCCAGUCCUGUGGGUGGACUGGUUCUUUUAUGGAGACUAAGGACUGGAGAAAAAAUGGUGACCCAGCUGGCAGACCCACCCAGGUGCCCUAGUGCUCAGAUGAUUCAAGGUAGGUACCCCCUGGAAUGCUAACCGGCCUCUCUGGGUCUUGCUUCUCUUUGCAGAUUGCUGACUUUGGACUUUCCAACCUGUACCAGAAGGACAAGUUCUUGCAAACCUUUUGUGGGAGCCCACUCUACGCUUCUCCUGAGAUUGUCAAUGGGAGACCUUACCGGGGGCCAGAGGUGGACAGCUGGGCCCUGGGCGUGUUGCUUUACACUCUAGUUUACGGAACAAUGCCCUUCGAUGGUUUCGAUCACAAAAACCUCAUUCGGCAGAUCAGCAGCGGAGAGUACCGGGAGCCUACGCAGCCGUCAGAUGCCCGAGGACUCAUUCGGUGGAUGCUGAUGGUGAACCCCGAUCGCCGGGCCACCAUCGAGGACAUCGCCAACCACUGGUGGGUGAACUGGGGCUACAAGAGCAGCGUUUGUGACUGUGAUGCGCUCCACAACUCUGAGUCGCCGCUCUUGGCUCGCAUCAUCGACUGGCACCACCGUUCCACAGGGCUGCAGGCUGAGGCCGAAGCCAAAAUCAAGGGCCUGGCCAAGCCCGGGGCCUCCGAGGUCAUGCUGGAGCGGCAGCGGUCCCUGAAAAAGUCCAAGAAAGAGAACGAUUUUGCCCAGUCCGGCCAGGACUCGGUGCCCGAGAGCCCAUCCAAGCUGAGUUCCAAGAGGCCCAAAGGGAUCCUGAAGAAGCGAAGCAACAGUGAACAUCGUUCCCACAGCACUGGCUUCAUCGAAGGCGUCGUGAGCCCUGCCUUACCCUCUGCUUUCAAGAUGGAGCCCGACUUGGGCCGGACCGCCGUGCCCCUCCCAAGCCCCCCUGAGGCGGAGGUGCCAGGCAAGCUCAGCCCCAAGCAGUCGGCCACGAUGCCCAAGAAGGGCAUCUUGAAGAAGACCCAGCAGAGAGAGUCAGGUUACUACUCGUCCCCGGAGCGCAGUGAGUCCUCGGAGCUGUUGGACAGUAACGACGGGCUGGGCAGUGGCCUCCCUUCCCCCAGCCCCCCGGACCCCGCCAGGGGGACGUCCCACGGCCUCUCGUGCCGCAGGAAGGGCAUCUUGAAACACAGCAGCAAGUACUCAGCAGGGACCACGGACCCGGCCCUCGUCAGCCCUGAAAUGCCCACACUGGAAUCCUUGCUGGAGCCUGGCGUCCCCGCCGAGGGCCUCUCCCGGAGCUACAGCCGGCCCUCCAGCGUCAUCAGUGACGACAGCGUCCUGUCCAGCGACUCCUUCGACUUGCUGGAUUUGCAGGAGAAUCGCCCUGCCCGCCAGCGCAUCCGCAGCUGCGUCUCUGCUGAAAACUUCCUCCAGAUCCAGGACUUUGAGGGGCUCCAGAACCGGCCCCGACCCCAGUACCUGAAGCGGUACCGGAACCGGCUGGGAGACAGCAGCUUCUCCCUCCUCAUGGACAUGGACGAUGUGACUCAGGUCUACAAGAAAGCGCUGGAGAUCUGCAACAAGCUUAACUAGCUCCCCGGGGGUGGUGGGGCUGGGUUGUGGGUGGGUUCGGGGGAGGCGUGGGAGCAAUGACUUGUGCUAGUGAGCUGGUUACCUCUUUGCUGGCCUGUGACAAUAUGCUGAGAAAGGAUUGGUGCCAUCUUGGUUGGCCCAGUUUGCAGCCUUGAGCCAACACCUGAAAGGGAGAAGUGGGCUCUCUGCCAGUCCUGCCAACUGCCAGUCAGAAUUUGGGUCCUAACUGGCAUUUACUUUGUGGCACCUCCUAGAGGACCAGCUGUCCAGGGGAGGUGGUGUUGGCCAGCACGAAGAGGGUGGGGAGGAAGCAUAUGGGAGAGGGAACAUAUCCCUAAAAGUCAUCCAAAUGCUUCUGGAGGAAGGGCAAGAGAGACUGGGGCCAUCUGCCUUGGAUGAGCUCAGAACUUGCUUCUUCCCUCCUCACAUGAGCUGGCUUGGUCUGACUGCAUGGGGUUGGCAAGUAGAUUUCAGCCACCUGAACUUGCAUCGGUGAUCGAUUGAUAGUGGCUGCUGGGUGUGCUGGUGUGAGUAGCCUAGACGCAUGGGAAGGAGUGCUGUGAUUGAAUAGCAAUGGCUGCCUUGGGAAAGGGAAGGGGGGCAGUAGCACUCAUGCCAUGCGGUGGCCAUCCUUGACACGGCUAAGCCUUGAAAGUGUUGGGUUGAGGCAUCCUGUGGGAUCUAUGCUUGUCUUUCAUGCCACUCACGUGGCCUUUGUUAAUUUGCUACUCUACCUGGAAUGGAAGACAGGGUCUCGGGCAGAGUGAGAAUGCUCUGAACACCGCUAAGGACUUAAGAGUCAGCCCGUGGUGAUUUUGGGGCUUCUUGCUGUCUCCCACUUCUUUCCUGAUGUCUGCCUUGCUCUUCAGCACAAUCUCCCGAGGAUGGACAGGGAAAAGAAUGGUGGUGUCAGAGGUCAAAACUCUGGUGUGUAACAGAGCUUGGGACCCUCUGUGGUCUUUGUGCAGAUGAAUGGAAAUUGAUCCACACCAGCAAGAGGGCAACUUGUCAAUUUCUUUAACAUCUCACUGUUAACUGGAAUGCUGCCUCUUGGGUUCUCACCUGCAUGAAUCAGAUGUGACGCUGUCCACAGUCUCCAAGGAGUAACUGGCUCAACCAUUUACCCUGUUUACUAAUAGCAAACGGUUUCCCCAUCCACCAAGUGUAGAAUCCACAGAGGCGGGCGAGUUUGCUUCUAGGGAGUUAGUGUGUAGGUGGGAUAUUUGGAUGAGGAAAGGAAGGUAGGCAUAAGGUGCUCCCCCCAUAUCUAGGGAUUCUGUCAUGGGUUUGAAGUCCUAGACUCUGGGGGAAAAGAAAGUUCCACCCAUUCAAAUGAAUAAGGUGUUGAAAGAGCACAGUGGGUUGGGAGGAAGCAUACAGAAGAGGGAAUAUUUCCCAAGAAGCCAGCCAGAUGGUUCUGGAGGAGGCAGGAAAGAGGUAUAGCAGGACUCUUAUCAUAAAAAGUAAUAUAACUAGGUAUUCAACUUCUAGACACCCAGAUUACAGGUGGUAAGAUGUCAGUCCCACAAUGGGACAUCUUCAGAUACUGGGUUUGGAAUUCAUGGUCUCAUUGGGGAAUCUGGGAUGCCUUCAGAUCCUACUGGCCUGGGCAAAUUGAAAGCCUUGUUUCAAGAUGGUCGACCUCUGCUAGCUACAAAAAUAUAUAAGGAGGACUAGUCUUGGGGGGGGGUAUUUUUGGGAAAACCAACAGACAACAAACAGUUAUAGGGAGAUGCGAAAGAAUUCACCGUAAGGCACUGAGAACGUUCAUUGGAGUGAAACUGUCCUUUUCCUAAGGAGAUGGCUCCAUUUCUCCCCUUGUCACCAGCUCUGGGGUUGUGGCUUUGUGCACGCCUUCAGGUCAAGCUGAGUGGUGUGUUAUGGGAAGCUCCUCCAUUUUCUUUCUUUCAAUUGCACCUCCUUCCUGAGCUCCGAUAUAGGUUCAAAGGGAAAAAAACUCUGUAGUUAGCAAAUUGUGUGUGUGGGAAGUGUGGGUGCGUGGAGGGCAUCUUGCAGCCUCCAAGCUCCCCAUGCCUUGUCUCAUUUUAUGUGAUCUGUUCCGGACAGCACCUAUUGCCCCACGGCUGGUCCCGCAUGCAUGGCAGCUGGCCAAGUUCGUAGCUGUCAAUACGCCUAAGGUAUAACACCUACCUACUGGGUGAUGUGUUUUUUCCUUUCGCCAAGUGAUUGUGUCUGUUUAGUAUUUUCCAUCCUUCUAAAAUGACACUAUUAAGGAAAAUCAUUCUAUUUCUCCCCUUCCCCCCCGAAAAACCCCACACAUGCAUGUUCUCUUUUGUCCACCAACCCAGACGGUGGAUUGUGGCAAAGACCGUCCUCCACUCAGAGGCCGAGGGUCUGAGUUGAGUCCUGCUGUGCUGCUAACUAGAUGGUGGCCUGAGGCACCUGCAGUGUUUGGGAAGCUAAGUUUUCCCUUUAAUGAGAGCUGGAGGGGGGGCGACUAGCCCAUCUCUCAGGCCCCCUGCCUGCUUCUGACAUUCUGCUAACAUCCUCUGAUUCUACAUACUGUGUGUUGACUCUGUCCUUUCAAGGAAAAACCUGGACUAGAGACAAAAGCCCUGACGCGUAGCUCCCUGCUUCCUGAUUAAGUGCUAUCAUCCCUACCAGCCGAUCCCCAACCAAGGAAGUCAUGCUUGAUUCAUUUCCAUGGAAUUACAAGUGAGAGACACUUUUAUGACCUGGUGGACCAAGCAGGAGAUUCCAUGUCAGCUCUCCUGGUCCUUUCCUGGCCUCUGUGGGCCUUUCUGUGUCUUAGUUUACACAUCUGCCAAAGGAGUAGAAUUAUACUUCUUUUUACAGGUAAAUUUUAAGGCAUGAUCAGUUUUCAGGAAGUGCUUCAAGACCCUAGGCGGAAUGAAAAUGCUGGUGCUCCCUGACUUUCCAUCCCUGUUAUAAGGCGGUGCUUCUUCAGAUGAUGGGGAGCACCUUCCAGGGGGAAAUUCAGGGGAGUGUCGCCCUGGCCUGCUGUCUUGAGUACAAAUGUGAAUGAUCAACUGACUGCUUAUUGCCAAACUGGAGAUGUUCUGUAGGGAUUUACUGGCAUGGUAUCAUUCCUAGAAGAAAAAGAAGAGAGAGAGAGAGAGAAAAAAACUUGACUGCACAUUUUUUUUUUUUUAAUCCGUGUUGUGACUUUUAUUUAAUUUCUAUUUUUUUUUUGUUUUGGUAAUAAAAAGUUGACUUUUUUAUUUGAAUUUGUCUUUUUUUUAUUUAUUGGUCUGAAAGACAUUUCAAAGGUAUUAUAAUAAUAUAUUGGUGUAAUUUAAUUGGUGCAACAUGCUUUACGGCUCCAGUCAAAAUUGGUCUUUGUUCAUUUGAUUGGUUUGAGCCCAGAACAGCCUACAGGGGGGAAAAAGCUGGAUAACCACCCAAAGUGUUUGUAUUUUCAUUGGAAACUGACUUUUGUUCUGUUUUUCGUUUCGUUUCGUUUUUUUUUUUUUUUUUGGUUUUGUUUUGUUUCCGUUUUU